AUUAAAAAAAAAAAAAAACCAGAAAAUCUGUGGGAAAUUGGGUAGCACCACCGGCGAAGAAAAUGUCAGUGGCAUCUUCAAUCCCAUGCAUCAAAAUCCCAUCUUCUUCUUCCUCAACUUCCUCUUCAUCUUCUUCUGCAUCAUCCUAUUCCCUUCGAUUUUCUACUUCUUCCAAGUAUUAUACUUUCGCCAUCAGGAAUUCUCAGACCGAAGGGCCUCUGAGAAGACCAGGGUCUCCUCCUUUGAGGGAACCCCUGAAACCCAACCCUCCAUCUCCGCCGUCGCCGUCCCCGUCCCCGUCCCUGUCACCUGUGGCGCCCGCUCCUCCUCAGCAGAAUGUGGCUGCUGUUGUUGCGGACGAUAAGAAUGUUGUUACAUUAGAGUUUCAGAGGCAAAAGGCGAAGGAGCUUCAGGACUACUUCAAGCAGAAGAAGCUGGAAGAAGCAGAUCAGGGCCCUGCUUUUGGAUUCGUGGGGAAAAAUGAGAUCAACAAUGGAAGAUGGGCCAUGUUCGGUUUUGCCGUUGGGAUGCUAACAGAGUAUGCAACAGGUUCGGACUUUGUUGAUCAAGUAAAGAUCCUUCUUUCGAAUUUUGGGAUCGUAGAUUUGGAAUGAACAAUUUUAAUGUUUAAUGUUGUUGAUAGUUUCGACCUUUAUUCGUAAUAUAUUUCUGUGGUUUGUUACUCCCAUUUAUAGCAAGCAACCAAGUUGCCUGGAAUGAUAACAUUGAGGAUUUCCUUCUUUCAUUUUGCUCUACUCUUACCCGUAUAGACAGAGAUGUAUACGGCAUUUGGUGAGCAGAGCAGAUAUUCUCUGUUCAUGCAUUCGACCAAAUUAUGACACAAAAAAAUGUGACUGUGUAUAAAGUCUACCUUCCAUAAUUAUAUUUAUUUAUUCUUCAAACCUUUUCCCAAGACAGAACUAUAGAGGUUUAGAUCUGGUCUGUCGAUAUUUUGCAGUUUUUAUCCAAGAUAUAAACUGAUAUGUUAAUGAAGAAUACGAACUCUUGUUUGC